UUGGCGCCGACGCCAUUCUUGCGCAAGAAGUCGCCAUUUUGCUCUUAGAGACAUCGCUUGGAGACCCAGUCCUUUCUUCCUUCGGCAGCCGAGGCUGCGCCUAGGCCUGGGCUUGGGGUCAGGGCCAGGCUGUGAGAAUUGGAAAACCAAGAAGGUUUUGAUGUUUUGUGUGGCACCAGCUGAAUUAGAAACCAAGAUGAACAUAACAAAAGGAGGUCUGCUGUUGUUUUCAGCAAGUUCUAAUUCAUCAUGUAUGGAGCUUUCAAAGAAAAUUGCAGAGCGGCUGGGGGUGGAAAUGGGCAAAGUGCAGGUUUACCAGGAACCUAACCGAGAAACAAGAGUACAAAUUCAAGAGUCAGUGAGGGGAAAAGAUGUUUUCAUCAUUCAAACUGUUUCAAAGUAAGGCGUGAACAGCACCUCCAUGGAGCUCCUGGCUGUGGGAUAUGCCUGUAGGACCUCUUGUGCCAAAGCAUCUCGGUGUCAUCCCUACGUCCCUUACAGCAAACGGCGCAAGACGAGAAAAAGAGGCUCCAUUGUUUCUAAAUUGCUGGCUUCAGUGAUGUGCAGAGCUGGUCUGAUUCAUCUUAUUGCCAUGGAUUUUCACCAGAAGGAAAUCCAAGGCUUCUUUAAUAUUCCUGUUGAUAAUUUCAGAGCAUCUCCCUUCUUAUUACAGUGUAUUCAGGACGAGAUCCCGGAUUACAGGAAUGCAGUGAUCGUAGCCAAGUCUCCAGCCUCAGCCAAGAGGGCACAGUCUUUUGCUGAGCGCCUUCGACUGGGUAUUGCAGUGAUUCAUGGAGAAGCUCAGGACGCUGAGUCCGACUUGGUGGAUGGACGACAUUCCCCACCCAUGGUCAGGAGUGUGGCUGCCAUCCACCCCAGCCUGGAAAUCCCCAUGUUGAUUCCUAAAGAAAAGCCCCCAAUCACAGUUGUUGGUGAUGUGGGAGGAAGGAUCGCCAUCAUUGUGGAUGACAUUAUCGAUGAUGUUGACAGCUUUCUUGCUGCAGCGGAGACCCUGAAAGAAAGAGGUGCAUAUAAGAUCUUCGUGAUGGCAACUCAUGGCUUGUUAUCUUCUGAUGCUCCCCGACUGAUUGAAGAAUCUGCCAUCGACGAGGUGGUGGUUACCAAUACAAUUCCACAUGAAAUCCAGAAGCUCCAGUGCCCCAAAAUUAAAACUGUGGAUAUCAGCAUGAUCCUCUCAGAAGCCAUCCGUCGGAUUCACAACGGGGAGUCCAUGUCCUACCUGUUCAGAAACAUAGGCUUAGAUGACUGAGGAGCUUCUCUUCUUUAAAACUCCCAAGGGCCAAACUGGAGACACGGGAACGAGGACUGUGAGAGCUCACGCCCGAUGUGAUGCAUUUCCCAGGGGCCAUUCGUAUGUUUUGUUCCUUUUUGUUCAUUACUAUGAAGAUAGAUCAACUUUUUAUUUUGAUUUGGGUGUUUGUGAGUUUUGAGGCAAAUUUUAUAAAAGAAAAACUAUAUUCUCCUCUUAAAUAAGUUAAGAUCUUGUUGUUUUUAGUUUAACUAUUUAAAAUAUACCUUGGAAUAAGAUUUUUAAGCUCAAACAGCCUUUCUUCAAAAUUGUUAGAGCCCAAGUGCUUAAAAAAAUUAAUAAAAUACAAUGGUCUACUGUAUGCUACCUGCAAUUAAAAAGCCAAAAAAACUAUACUGUUGAAUCCAGUAAAUGACAUAUUUAGAAAUGCUUUUCUAGACAAGCAUAUGGAAUAUGUGAACAUUAUUUAUUUUCUGCAAGAAAAGAAGGAAUAAAAACUUACUGUGUUUGUGAUUUUUUUACACUUUGUGUUUUGGCAAUUGUUUUAUAACUGAAAUAAAAUGAAAGCUGAAUAUACAUGCUGUGGAUGUUGAAA